AUGAAGACAUGGAUAUUAGGAUCAGUAUUAACAUGGAUGUUCCUUCCACAUCUGAGGGGAGAUAAUUUAUUGGAAGAUGUCGACAUUCAAGCAGGUAAAUACAUUUUAUUCAUUUUUAUGUAUUGCAAUUAAUGAUAAUUAUCAACAUUGUGCCUGCGCUUUCUAACUAAUAUUACUACUGUACACAGGCCUAUAAUGUAAAUAUUGUCAUAUUAAUGCAGAUUUAUAAAGACUGGUUUUGAUGUCUGUAGCCAGCGAGGUGAAUCACGUGGUGGGUAAUAUUUAUUAUUUCCUUGAUUCCAGGCUGUAGCACAGCUUCAAAUGACCUGGUUUACAUAAUCGACGGUUCCUCCAGCGUGGGCACUCCAGACUUCGACUUGGCCAAACGAUGGCUGGUCAAUAUCACCAGCGGCUUCGACGUGAGCUCCCGUCACACCCAUGUGGGCGUGGUCCAGUACAGCGACACGCCCCGUUUGGAGAUUCCGCUGGGCAAACACCUGAGCAGCCAGGAACUGGUCGGCGCCAUCAACACCAUCGGCUACCUGGGGGGCAACACCCAGACGGGCAGGGCCAUCAAAUUUGCCACGCAGCACGUCUUCCCGUCCUCCAACCGCACGCAGCCUGCCAGGAACCGCAUUGCCGUGGUGCUGACGGACGGCCGUAGCCAGGACGACGUGGUGGACGCGGCCGUGGAGGCCAAGGCCCAGAAUAUCAUCCUGUUCGCUGUGGGCGUGGGCAACGAGAUCACCAACUCCGAGCUGGUGUCCAUGGCCAACAAGCCCCCCUCUACGUAUGUUCUCUACGCUGAGGACUACAGCGCCAUCGGUAACAUCCGAGACGCCAUGGAGCAGAAGCUGUGUGAGGGUGAGUCUAGGAUCCUGAGGGUAAUGAUAGCUUAGAUAGCUUAUUUUGAGACAUUUCCAUAAUGCACAGCGCAUGUGUCAUGAACCUCCAGGAUGAAAUAACUGUGGUCUAAGCUGACUUGCUCUGUAUGUCUCUGUCUGUCUGUCUCUCUCUCUCUCUCUCAGAAUCUGUGUGCCCCAUGCAGAUCCCUGGAACAGCCAAUGUAAAGGGAUUUGAGCUGCUGUCUAGAAUGCAGAUUGACAUGAAAGCAAAGAAAGUCCAGGGCUCGCUGAUGUCAGAGGCUUCCUACCUGCUUAGCCCCCGACUGGACCUCACCGACAGCACCAGGUAGGGGGGCCGACCAUUUAUACACACACACAUGCUCUGGCAGUAAACUCCUUACAGCUCACACACUUCUAUAUACAGUAUAACCCAUUUUUAUUGUUCCUCCAGGGCUAUCUUUCCUGAGGGUCUGCCUCCCUCCUAUGUGUUUGUGGCCACUCUGCGCCUGAAGAGCCCCACCAACCAUGUGAAGUUGGACCUGAUCAGAGUGCUCUCCCAGGACGGGCUGAAACAGUUCGCUGUGACCCUCAACGGACUGGACAAGUCUGUCACCUUCACCAGCACAACCACCAGUGUCAACAAGAAGGAACAGUGUGUCAUUUUCAAUGACAGAGGAAUUAAGGUCUAUAGAAACACACUGACAUAACGACCCCAACACCUUUGGACUGGUUUCCUGGACACAUUAAUCCUAGUGCUGGACUAAGAAGCAUAUUAAAUGGAUGGCUUAACCUGUGUCUGGGGGAACCAGCUCUUUAUGUUUUGAAGUGGUAGUUACCUACUCAGUAAGUUUUACUUUUUCUACAGAGACUCUUUGACUCAGAGUGGCACCAGCUGAAGCUGCUCGUUAAACCCAGACGUAUCAUCUGUUACCUGGACGACAUGCAGAUCGAGGAGCACCUACUAGAACCUGUAUUUCCCAUCUACAUCAACGGAAAGAUACAGGUCGCCAAGAAGGUCAAGAUGGAAGCAACUGUUCCUGUGAGUAACAAUGGGUGAUGAGCAAACUUGACGAAAUGCAAUAACCAUAUAUGUACAAAUAAUGGUUUGCUUUCAUUGUAAGGGAGCUUCUAUAUUUAGCUUAACUUUAGUUGACUAUAAUGACACAGUAACAUGGCUAUGUUCGUCUUGGAAUCCUUCUUUAGAUCGAGAUACAAAAACUCAGGCUUUACUGCGAUCCCGAGCAAAGUGAGAAAGAGACAGCGUGUGAAAUAUACUCUGUGGUGAGUGUAAUGAUACUGUAACUACGAGACUCAUCAUUUACUUCCAUAUGUCACUGACGGUUGCAGUUAAAGGCGGGGGGGCCAAAGAUAAUUUUAUCUUCAUAUCAUUAUCUCUCUCUGUGUUUAUUUCUAUACAGGAGGAUGACAGGGUGAGUUGUCUGUCUUUACAUGACAUUGUAAUUAUUACAUUACAUUUGUACACUUGUUGGGUUGUUCCUUAUAUAUUAAACUGUUUUCUGCUCCCAGUGUCCUCUGGACAGACAGCCUGCAGCAGUGGAGAGCUGUAACUGCCCUCAGGGGAAACCUGGGCCUCCUGGUCUUCCUGGGCCUAUGGUGAUAAUUAAAUCAUAAAUAAUUAAACCAUAAAUUGAUUGAGAGAUUUAUGACAAAAUAGCUCUACAAAAUGUAAACUCCAUCAGAUGGAUAACUGUAUGUAAAUCCCUACUUUAUAGCCUGUCUGUUUGAACCCUGUAGGGCUUCCGAGGUGAGAAGGGGAGGGAGGGGCCACCUGGUCCUGACGGUAAGCCUGUGAGUACUGGCUAUCUAUCUUACCUAUAUCUGAUUUCAAAACAUGAGGAUCAAUCAUACAGUAUGGUGAAUCUGAUGAUAAAUUCAAUUGUUGCUCAUUUUCCUUGUGAAGGGGAAGCCAGGUGAACGUGGAAUACCAGGAGAACCUGGGAAGAAUGGGAACAAUGUGAGUGAAUAUAUGUCACUACAAUUUCUGCAUUUGGUUGAUUAUAAUUACUGCCACUGUUUGUAAUGUUGGUUUCAUUAUUCAACUUAGGGCGAAGCGGGCAUACCAGGACAUAAGGGUGACGCAGGACUCAACGGGGCCAAAGUAAGCAUCAUGUGACCGGUUCACAAAAUACUGUAACAAAUUAUUUUCAUAUCACAUAAUUCUUUGCAUGGCUCAUCUUGCUAUAAGAUCUAAAGGCCCCAGGCCUAAACCAUGUUACUGUAGUUUUGAAAUGCCUUUGCGAUUGAGCUGAUUCAUCCUGCCUGCAGGGUGACACGGGAGCACCAGGCCUUGAAGGCAGACCUGGCCCUCCAGGACCUACAGUGAGUCAUGACCCUUUAAUAAAGUGUAAUAAUAGAGACACACACACACACACACACACACACGGCUGUGGGAGCAGCUCAGCGUAAUAGGCAGACUACUAAGCAGGUGCAAGUAGUGUAGUCAUGAAUGAUAAAAACAAAAUGCCAAUAUCCAGUUUAAUUUAGUGUCUGUAUGUACUGUAGGCGUGAUAGACAUAUUCUCAGACUACUUUAAUAACACAUUACAUACUCAAAGGGGUAGUCAGGUCUCAAAGACCAUGUAAUGGUGGCGGUGCCAAUGGACAAGGGUUUAAAAAGACUGUUUCCAUUGUAGGGACCUGAGAGACAACUUAAAUUGGAGGCCACAGGAAUUCCAGGAGAAAAGGUAAGAGACAAACUUUUUCUUAAAUAUUUUAUGGCAAUUGAAUGUAGUGCUAUAUUUUGUUGACUCUUUAAUACAGAAUACAUUUUCUCCAACAUCUUCAUAUGUACAGGGAAGUCCAGGUGAAGCAGGAGCUCAGGGACCACCAGGGGAGCAUGGACCACAUGUAAGCUUGUAUACACCUAUUAUGUAUGCUGAACUUCAUGGUCAUAUCUAUGUAAGGUGUGGAACUGUCUGGUAUUCAACAGCAUCUUCUUCAUAGCUGUAUGAGGAGUGCUAAUUAUUCUGUACUAGGGUUGGACGAUAUCUGGGGAGACCUCUUCUACGAUAUGUUACUCAAAAUAUUGCGAUAUCCGAUAUAAUCAUUUUGCGCCGUUAAUGACUAGGUAAUUGCAGACUGUGCCAUUUUUGUGCUUAUUUACGAUAUUAAAGUCACAUUCUCAUUAAAUAAUCUUAGUAUGGUGGGGGGGAAAAAAGCUUUAUUAAUUCAUUUAAACUUCAUUUUCAACAUAUAGAUACAGCCUAACUGAUAAAACGGAACAGUUUUGAUUUGUGAAGUUCAAAUAGAGGAUAGUCUUGCACAUCACGAUAUAUCGUCUUGCACUUCGUGAUAUAACUUCAGUGUCAAAUAUCACAAUAUUUAAUCAUAUGUUGGCCCAACCCUAUUCUGUACAACAAAACAUCCAAUGACAACAGUACAGUAUCAGUUUACUUGUUAGUCAGAGGGAAGUCCAGUGUUACAAUACAGCAUUUUAUAACUGAAAGGAUGUUGUUUUUCUGUGCAGGGGGACACAGGGCCAGCAGGAAAGGAUGGCUUUGUUGGACCAGCUGGAGUGAAGGUGAACUGAUAUUUCAUUUCACAUACUUUCAUAAACAAGUGACAUGGCAUAAUCUGUAGGCGAUGGCAGAUGUGACAAGCAAGGGACUGAGAGCACAGUGACAUCUUGUUAGAGAUGUUGGUCCAAGAUAGGACAAACAUAUCUGUUUUUGGAGGUUUUCAGAGGGAAUAUUUGUGGUUAAUCUUUCCUUUCCCUUUAGAGUUGGUGGUUCCAUAAGAGGAGGUUUGAAAUGUUACAGUUUCACUCAUAGUUCUAUAUAAAGAAACUUCCACAAGCUAGUCUAGGUGGCGGAAAGUCUGUAUACAGUGGGGGAAAAAAGUAUUUAGUCAGCCACCAAUUGUGCAAGUUCUCCCACUUAAAAAGAUGAGAGAGGCCUGUAAUUUUCAUCAUAGGUACACGUCAACUAUGACAGACAAAUUGAGAAUUAUUUUUUCCAGAAAAUCACAUUGCAGGAUUUUUAAUGAAUUUAUUUGCAAAUUAUGGUGGAAAAUAAGUAUUUGGUCACCUACAAACAAGCAAGAUUUCUGGCUCUCACAGACCUGUAACUUCUUCUUCAAGAGGCUCCUCUGUCCUCCACUCGUUACCUGUAUUAAUGGCACCUGUUUGAACUUGUUAUCAGUAUAAAAGACACCUGUCCACAACCUCAAACAGUCACACUCCAAACUCCACUAUGGCCAAGACCAAAGAGCUGUCAAAGGACACCAGAAACAAAAUUGUAGACCUGCACCAGGCUGGGAAGACUGAAUCUGCAAUAGGUAAGCAGCUUGGUUUGAAGAAAUCAACUGUGGGAGCAAUUAUUAGGAAAUGGAAGACAUACAAGACCACUGAUAAUCUCCCUCGAUCUGGGGCUCCACGCAAGAUCUCACCCUGUGGGGUCACAAUGAUCACAAGAACGGUGAGCAGAAAUCCCAGAACCACACGGGGGGACCUAGUGAAUGACCUGCAGAGAGCUGGGACCAAAGUAAAUAAAUAAUAAAUAAAUUGGUCAUUUAGCAGACGCUCUUAUCCAGAGCGACUUACAGGAGCAAUUAGGGUUAAGUGCCUUGCUCAAGGGAACAUCGACAGAUUUUUCACCUAGUCGGCUCGGGGAUUAGAACCAGCAACCUUUCAGUUACUGGCACAACGCUCUUAACCACUAAGCUACCUGCCGCCCCUAUGUAAGUAACAAAGCCUACCAUCAUUAACACACUACGCGGCCCGGGACUCAAAUCCUGCAGUGCCAGACGUGUCCCCCUGCUUAAGCCAGUACAUGUCCAGGCCCGUCUGAAGUUUGCUAGAGUGCAUUUGGAUGAUCCAGAAGAAGAUUGGGAGAAUGUCAUAUGGUCAGAUGAAACCAAAAUAGAACUUUUUGGUAAAAACUCAACUCGUCGUGUUUGGAGGACAAAGAAUGCUGAGUUGCAUCCAAAGAACACCAUACCUACUGUGAAGCAUGGGGGUGGAAACAUCAUGCUUUGGGGCUGUUUUUCUGCAAAGGGACCAGGACGAAUGAUCCGUGUAAAGGAAAGAAUGAAUGGGGCCAUGUAUCGUGAGAUUUUGAGUGAAAACCUCCUUCCAUCAGCAAGGGCAUUGAAGAUGAAACGUGGCUUGGUCUUUCAGCAUGACAAUGAUCCCAAAUACACCGCCCGGGCAACGAAGGAGUGGCUUCGUAAGAAGCAUUUCAAGGUCCUGGAGUGGCCUAGCCAGUCUCCAGAUCUCAACCCCAUAGAAAAUCUUUGGAGGGAGUUGAAAGUCCGUGUUGCCCAGCGACAGCCCCAAAACAUCACUGCUCUAGAGGAGAUCUGCAUGGAGGAAUGGGCCAAAAUACCAGCAACAGUGUGUGAAAACCUUGUGAAGACUUACAGAAAACGUUUGACCUGUGUCAUUGCCAACAAAGGGUAUAUAACAAAGUAUUGAGAAACCUUUGUUAUUGACCAAAUACUUAUUUUCCACCAUAAUUUGCUAAUAAAUUCAUAAAAAAUCCUACAAUGUGAUUUUCUGGAUUUUUUUUUCUCAUUUUGUCUGUCAUAGUUGACGUGUACCUAUGAUGAAAAUUACAGGCCUCUCUCAUCUUUUUAAGUGGGAGAACUUGCACAAUUGGUGGCUGACUAAAUACUUUUUUUCCCCACUGUAAGCUAUUUCUAGAGUUGAGGUGGUGGGUCUAGGAGGUAGGGAAAUUGUUAGUUCACUUGUAAACAUUGACAAUAAUAUGUUUAUUUGAUGUUCAUUGCCUUGGUUGGAUUUGAACUGUAUAUAUGUUCAGUUAUUUUUUUUUUUGUUGUGUGGAUGGGGAUAAUUUCAUUACCCCAUUUGUGGAUAAUUACUUAUUUUAGCUACACCCUAUAACCUUGUGUUUUAAUUGGAUUUUGAACUGAUGCUUUCAACUACUAUAAUGCAGGCUAUAUUCAAUGAAUACUCAUAUGCCGGUCAGUACCUAGUAAACUAGCCUUAGACUUAAGAGGUUUAUUUUUCCUGAGGGAACAUUGUGGUGUGUUCACUGGAUCUGUAGUGGAUCUAGGAGAUCCAGGGACACAAAGGAUAAUUUCAGCUUCCAGUAGUAGUAUGUGUAAGCUGUUUCCCUGCCUGGCUUGAGUUGGGGCUCCAAUAGCAGGGGUGAAUGCUGCGGAGCGGAGCGUGGCUUCUGUUCCUGCAGUCUAUUUUCAGAGCUCUGCAUCUGCCCCAGCAUCUGUUUAUCGCCCAGGGACCAUCUCCCUUCCUUUUGGAGUGGUGGAAAUUAGUGACACCCUACCAUUUACCGGCUUAUUAAACUAUGCACACUUACCCGUAAAAUAGCUUUGAUAAAGGUCUUGGCCCAUUAAGAUGUUUGUUCUUGUCUGAUAAUUGGAGAAGGAACGGUUUUGUGAGGGAUGUGACAUUUGCGCUUUGUAACCAUGAAAAGUACAAGUUAAACCUCAAACUGGUUUACUGAAAUUGUAAAACACCAGGGAUGCCACCAUUGAUUUAACUGUAAAAAUCUCCUGUACACAGAUAAUAUUUCCCUUGGUGGAGUUUCAUUAUUUUGAGUGUAGUUUGUAAUUGCAGUGAGUCACUAUGCAGGUAAUCAUGGCUAAUGGUCAUCCUAUCACUCAAAUUCAUUGAAGGAAUAAUUAUUUUUGGAACCCCUUGGCAUAUUAUCAGCUAAAUGUGUCCUAAAUAUGUAUUUUUGUAUAUAUAUACACUGCUCAAAAAAAUAAAGGGAACACUAAAAUAACACAUCCUAGAUCUGAAUGAAUGAAAUAAUCGUAUUAAAUACUUUUUUCUUUACAUUGUUGAAUGUGCUGACAACAAAAUCACACAAAAAUUAUCAAUGGAAAUCAAAUUUAUCAACCCAUAGAGGUCUGGAUUUGGAGUCACACUCAAAAUUAAAGUGGAAACCCCCACUACAGGCUGAUCCAACUUUGAUGUAAUGUCCUUAAAACAAGUCAAAAGGAGGCUCAGUAGUGUGUGUGGCCUCCACGUGCCUGUAUGACCUCCCUACAACGCCUGGGCAUGCUCCUGAUGAGGUGGCGGAUGGUCUCCUGAGGGAUCUCCUCCCAGACCUGGACUAAAGCAUCCGCCAACUCCUGGACAGUCUGUGGUGCAACGUGGCGUUGGUGGAUGGAGCGAGACAUGAUGUCCCAGAUGUGCUCAAUUGGAUUCAGGUCUGGGGAACGGGCGGGCCAGUCCAUAGCAUCAAUGCCUUCCUCUUGCAGGAACUGCUGACACACUCCAGCCACAUGAGGUCUAGCAUUGUCUUGCAUUAGGAGGAACCCAGGGCCAACCGCACCAGCAUAUGGUCUCACAAGGGGUCUGAGGAUCUCAUCUCGGUACCUAAUGGCAGUCAGGCUACCUCUGGCGAGCACAUGGAGGGCUGUGCGGCCCCCCAAAGAAAUGCCACCCCACACCAUGACUGACCCACCGCCAAACCGGUCAUGCUGGAGGAUGUUACAGGCAGCAAAACUUUCUCCACGGCGUCUCCAGACUCUGUCACGUCUGUCACAUGUGCUCAGUGUGAACCUGCUUUCAUCUGUGAAGAGCACAGGGCGCCAGUGGCGAAUUUGCCAAUCUUGGUGUUCUCUGGCAAAUGCCAAACGUCCUGUACGGUGUUGGGCUUUAAGCGCAACCCCCACCUGUGGACGUCGGGCCCUCAUACCACCCUCAUGGAGUCUGUUUCUGACCGUUUGAGCAGACACAUACACAUUUGUGGCCUGCUGGAGGUCAUUUUGCAGGGCUCUGGCAGUGCUCCUCCUGCUCCUCCUUGCACAAAGGCGGAGGUAGCAGGCCUGCUGCUGGGUUGUUGCCCUCCUACGGCCUCCUCCACGUCUCCUGAUGUACUGGCCUGUCUCCUGGUAGCGCCUCCAUGCUCUGGACACUACGCUGACAGACACAGCAAACCUUCUUGCCACAGCUCGCAUUGAUGUGCCAUCCUGGAUGAGCUGCACUACCUGAGCCACUUGUGUGGGUUGUAGACUCCGUCUCAUGCUACCACUAGAGUGAAAGCACCGCCAGCAUUCAAAGUGACCAAAACAUCAGCCAGGAAGCAUAGGAACUGAGAAGUGGUCUGUGGUCACCACCUGCAAAACCAGUCCUUUAUUGGGGGUGUCUUGCUAAUUGCCUAUAAUUUCCACCUGUUGUCUAUUCCAUUUGCACAACAGCAUGUGAAAUGUAUUGUCAAUCAGUAUUGCUUCCUAAGUGGACAGUUUGAUUUCACAGAAGUGUGAUUGACUUGGAGUUACAUUGUGUUGUUUAAGUGUUCCCUUUAUUUUUUUGAGCAGUGUAUAUUUUCCCAACCUUCCCUCUCAUUUGGAUUAGAAGCCAAGGUCCCCAAAUAACUCUUAAAGCAAAACCCCAGCUCCCCAUCCCCAGUCCCAGUCCCACCCCCAGUUCCAGCCUGCUGGAUCCAGUGCAUGAUUAGCUAACCGACUGAUGGGGGGUUUGAUGUGGUGGCCCAGAUGAAAGCCUGCUUGUCGGGUUGGGUUUUCACAGUGCGGCAUGGCGCUGCAGCAGGCUUGGCUGCUGCACUCUGUAAUCACGGCCCUGAAGCUUACAGGACACAGUGGCUGUAAAAACCAGCCACACCAUACUUUAGAUGUCGGAGAGGUUUGGUUUAACCAGCCAGCAUACAUGCCUUGACAACAAUAGGAAAAAAGGCUAUCAGUACUAGGCUACACUUGGAUCAAAAUGCUCAGAGAUGCAUGCAUAAAAUUCCCGGUAAAACUUGAAUGAAAGUUACAUGUGAGGUGAAAUCCCAUAAAGUUUUGGGUAAUUGCUAUCCUAGAUGAGUAAAAAUGGUUAUGUGGAAAAAAUGUCAUAGUUUUAAGUUACAAAUGAUUCCUGUUGUAAUUCAGAAAACAGCUUGUUGUGAGGUCCAAAUCAAAUAAGUUUUCAUGUGAUUUUUCAUGCACAGGAAGGAACAAUGUUCCACCCCAUGUGGAAUAAAGCAUUCUAUUUGACAUGGAUGUUUUGGCAAGAUUGUGCAAAGAUGAGUAUUCCGCUCUUGCUUUUGAGGCUGUGCCUUACUCUAAAGCAGGGCUCUCUAGCCCUGUUCCUGGAGAGCUAGCUUCCUGUAGGUUUUCAAUCCAACACCAGUUGUAACUAACGUGAUUCAGAUUAUCAACCAGCUAAUUAUUAGAAUCAGCAGAGAGGUAGAGGCAAAGCGAGAGGGAUAACUGGGCCCAAAAUAUGUCUUCUCCAGCUGGUGCCGUUUUUUUGUUCUUCACUCACCAAGCAAGGAGUUUUUCUAUGGAGGUCAAUGAGAGAGUGUUGAAUUUGGUUAACAAAAAACGUAAUGGCUUAUUUGCUACGUGUGUCUUAUUUGAUCGAAUAGAAGUUAAGUAAUGAUUAGGUUGUUAAGAGUGUACUGAUAUAAGUAGGACACGUGACAUCCCGGCAACUUUGAGAAAAAAACACUUUAUAUAGAAGUUGUGCCUGUUGUUUACACGCGUAUCUGCCCUUUCAUUGGCUAUAAUGUUCCCACCUGAUCUUGCCUCCUCCCGACUGCUUUCCAUUUUUGAAGACUUUUUAAAAAACAUUAUUAGAGCGGCCACUGGAGUAUCUGGUCAAUAUAAUGGAUAAUCUGUGGAAUUAAGUGCGCUAGAUUAGGAUUGGAUUGAAAACCUACAGGAAGCUAGCUUUCCAGGAACAGGGCUUGAGCCCUGCUUUAGAGUAAGGCGCAGCCUCAAAAGCAAGAGCGGAAUACUCAUCUUUGCACAAUCUUGCCUAAACAUCCAUGUCAAAUAGAAUGCUUUGUUCCACAUGGGGAGGAACAUUGUUCCUUCCUGUGCAUGAAACAUCACAAUACUUUGAAGAGAUUAGACAUCUUGGAAGAAGUACCUAAGUGACGUGGUCCUCUGUAGCUCAGCUGGUAGAGCACGGCACUUGUAACGCCAAGGUAGUGGGUUCGAUCCCCGGGACCACCCAUACACACAAAAAAAAAAUGUAUGCACGCAUGACUGUAAGUCGCUUUGGAUAAAAGCGUCUGCUAAAUGGCAUAUUAUUAUUAUUAUUAUUACUCAUGCUCAAUCAAGUUUUGACCAUGACGUGUGAUUGAUGUGAUUUACAUGAGCAUUUUCAACAGUCUUUCAGACUUUCAUUUUGCAUCACCAACAUUUAGAUAAAAAUAGACAGAUUCCGUGUAUUGACAUGAAAGGUUAUGUUGAUGGUUAAGUUGAUGACUGACUUGUGUGAGCUUCGCAAUUAACAUACAUUUAAGGUUACACAAUUAAAACACAGCUGAUUACAGAACAUGUUAAUUCUGAAUGUGAGUACAGUAAUCAAUGCUAUAUUUAAAACACACAAGACAAGAACCCAAUUCAACAUCCAACACCCUUUUUACUAAGAGUGUUCCAAAAUAGGAUUCCAGUGUCUUAAAAAUGUAACUAAUGUCUUGUAAUUUGGUGAAUCACAUGAGUAACAUUGUGAUAUAGUAUUCAUUAGUUUUUGGUGCUAUGUCAUUUGAGAUUUUGAUAAGAGUCUUUCUUGAUUUUUAUGCCUUAGCCUUUUAUGCCUUAGCCUUUUAUGCCUUUAUGUAAUUGAACAUGCAUCAUUGCAGAGAUGUAGAACACUGGACUAAUUGUAGUUAGCGUGGCUAAAACUGAAGAGCAUUCAAUACAUUUGACGGUAGAUAUGAACUCCUUUUCUAGAUAUCUCCCACACUGUGUUGGUUACAUGUUUUGAAAGCCAUAAUCAACACUUGUCAUCCUCAAUAUUUACAGCCAUUAUAAUUUUACCAAGUAUUUUCAUAAGAUCAUACAGACCUCUUAUGUUCCUAAUGAUAGGCUCUUUGUGGCACGUGUGUCUGUUUAGAUGUUCAGGAAGGCAAAGCACUUCAAAAGCAGCCCUCCGUGUGUCAGGACCUAUAAACCUCCUUUAUUGUUGAAAACCUUAUUGAGCAGCGGGUACUGUGGUUUAUAUCAUAAACCUAUGUUGGAGGUGUAUGAGUGUUUGAGAAGGAUCAUGUCUUUCUUCUCUCGUGCACUCUGUUCUACUGCUGCACUCUAUGCUCGCCUUGGAGCAUGAAUGAAAUAUGAUCACCAUAAUAGUGUGUAUGUUGUGUUAGUUAGGAUUUCGAACACAUUUUUUGUUAAGAGGGAUCUUUGAUAAGAGUGCUAGUUUUAAACCUCAGUGACGGGGUAUGGCAACCCCCAGCUUGAGGCGAUCAUCUGUCUCAAACCUCAAUGGAUAUUUUCACACGUUACAGUAGCUGUUUCAGAGUAUAUCAAGUAUGUGAAUAUCAUACUUCUGUUUUAUUCUGUUUAGGGUGAGAAAGGAGAUGUUGGGGUUCCUGGUGGUGAUGGACAGAUUGGAGUUCCGGUGAGUCAUCAUUGUUCAAAUGAAAUGUUAUUUCUAAAUAAAAGCUGGACACAUUCACUAAGCCAGUCCAUUUACUAAUCAUCCUCAUCCACUCCUAUGCAUUCUACUACCUGCUCCCUUUAAAUGAUCAUAGCAGCUAUGUUUUUCCAAUGUAACAUAUACACUAAAACCAUGGAUGGUUUAUAAAGUAACCUAAAUGACAUUAAGGACUUUUAACUCAAAAUAGUAAUGGUGUUUGCGUUGAUGUUUCUCCAAAUGUGGUGUUCAUCCAACCACAGUGUUUGCUAACUCCAGGAUCGGUAACACUUUAUUUGGAUAGUCCAUCUGUACAUGCUCUACAGACUAUCAGUAAUAUUUCAACUAACUAUCCACUAUCCAUUUUGUAUACAUCUGGCCCUUCAUUGGACACUGUGUUAACAAACCUCCAAACGAGCUUCAAUACCAUACAACACUCCUUCCGUAGCCUCCAACUGCUCUCAAACACUAGUAAAACUAAAUGCAUGCUCUUUAAUCGAACACUGCUGGCACCCGCCCGCCCGACUAGAAUCACUACUCUCGGCGGGUCUGACCUGGAGUAUGUGGACAACUACAAAUACCUAGGUGUCUGGUUAGACUGUAAACUAUCCUUCCAGACUCACAUUAAGCAUAUCCAAUCAAAAGUUAAAUCUAGAAUCAGCUUCCUAUUUCGCAACAAAGCCUCCUUCACUCAUGCUGCCAAACAUGCCCUCGUUAAACUGACUAUCCUACCGAUCCUUGACUUCGGCGAUGUCAUUUACAAAAUAGCCUCCAACACUCUACUCAGCAAAUUGGAUGUAGUCUAUCACAGUGCCAUCAGUUUUGUCACCAAAGCCCCAUAUACUAGCCCCAUAUACUACCCACCACUGUGACCUGUACGCUCUUGUUGGCUGGUCCUCACUACAUAUUCGUCGCCAAACCCACUGGCUCCAGGUCAUCUAUAAAUCACUGCUAGGCAAAUCCCAGCCUUAUCUUAGCUCAUUGGUCACCAUAACAACACCCACCCGUAGUAUGCGCCCCAGCAGGUAUAUCUCACUGGUCAUCCCCAAAACCAACACCUCCUUUGGCCGCCAUUCCUUCCAGUUGUCUGCUGCCAAUGACUGGAACGAACUGCAAAAAUCUCUGAAGCUGGAGACUCUUAACUCCCUCACUAACUUUAAGCAUCAGUUGUCAGAGCACCUUACCGAUCACUGCACCUGUACACAGCCCAUCUGAAAUUAGCCCACCCAACUACCUCAUCCCCAUAUUGUUAUUUAUUUUGCUCAUUUGCACCCCAGUAUCUCUAUUUGCACAUAAUCUCUUGCACAUCUAUCAUUCCAGUGUUAAUACUAAAUUGUAAUUAUUUUGCACUAUGGCCUAUUUAUUGCCUUACCUCCAUAACUUGCUACAUUUGCACACACUGUAUAUAUAUUUUCUGUUGUAUUUUUAACUUUAUGUUUUGUUUACCCCAUAUGUAACUCUGUGUUGUUUUUUAUCGCACUGCUUUGCUUUAUCUUGGCCAGGUCGCAGUUGUAAAUGAGAACUUGUUCUCAACUGGCUUACCUGGUUAAAUAAAGGUGAAAUAAUAAAAUAAAAAUCCCUAACCCUAACCUUAUCCCUUAUCCUAACCCUAAACUUAACCCUCUUGCCCUAACCUUUAUUCUAAACCUUACCCUAACCUUAGCAAGCGUUGCUUAUCAACAGAUGGUUUGUUGAUAGUAUGACCAUCUGUAGAGCAUCUACAGAUGGACUAUCCAACCAGGAUCCACACUUGGUGUAUAGGAAACUAUUUACACGAUUAAACAUAAGAAAAUGUCUAUGCUUAUUUGUCUAUGCUUAUUAUCAUCCGACAGAAUUUUUUAAAUACAGAUUGAUCUAGCACAUAAAAUAAUAAACAUUCUCCUGACCCUGUCCACAAAUAAAUAUUUUCAGCCACAUUUCCUCCUUGUCCACAAUGGGAGCAUGAAAACCUUGAGUAAUAUAUAGCUAAUGUUUUAGUGUGGUACUGUGGCCCCUGGCCAGAAUCUGAACCAGCUGGCAGAGGGACCACCAAUAACCACCCCCAUCUGGGUAGAAUCUAUCUUUGGGUUAAACCUUUCACUAAAAAUAAUUUUGGCCAAGUGCUAAAAAGACCUCAUAGCAUCUGUGUGUAAUCCAUACGUAGCCUACACCCACUAACUACCUUAUUCUACUAAAUAAGCUUUAGUGGUGAUCUCUAACAUCCUUAAUUCCCUUUUUCCAAACCAUAUAAAUAUUAUGAGAACCACUAUGAUGUAAUAAUCAGUCUCCUCUUUCAUAGUCUUUGGAAAGUAUUCAGACCUCUUUUUCCACAUUUUGUUACGUUACAACCUUAUUCUAAAAUGGAUUAAAUUGUUUUUUCCCCCUCAUCAAUCUACACACAAUACCCAAUAGUGACAAAGCAAAAACAGGUUUUUAGAGAUUUUUGUAAAUUUAUAAAAAAUAGAAAACUGAUACCUUAUUUACAUAAGUAUUCAGACCCUUUGCUAUGAGACUCUAAAUUGAGCUCAGGUGCAUCCUGUUUCCAUUGAUCAUCCUUGAGAUGUUUCUACAACUUGAUUGGAGUCCACCUGUGGUAAAUUCAAUUGAUUGGACAUGAUUUGGAAAGGCACACACCUGUCUGUAUAAGGUCCCACAGUUGACAGUGCAUGUCAGAGCAAAAACCAAGCCAUGAGGUGGAAGGAAUUGUCGGUAGAGCUCCGAGACAGGAUUGUGUCGAGGCACAGAUCUGGGGAAGGGUACCAAUUCCUGCAGCAUUGAAGGUCCCCAAGAACACCGUGGCCUCCAUCAUUCUUAAAUGGAAGAAGUUUGGAACCACCAAGACUCUUCCUAGAGCUGGCUGCCUGGCCAAACUGAGCAAUCGGGGGAGAAGGGCCUUGGUCAGGGAGAACUCUGUUCCAUUCAUUCCAUUCCAGCCAUUACAACGAGCGCCUUUCCUCCAAUAGCUCCUCCCACCAGCCUCCACUGCUCUCCAUUUAGUAUACAAGGUGUAUAUGAGAUCAAAUGAAUGAUUAAUGCAGAAGUACACCUAGUCCUAGAGGCUAAUCAAAAAUACUUUAGUACGUUGGCGGCUCCUCCAGUUCUCACCUCAGUACACCUCGGGACGAUCUUUCCUGUUUUGAAACUAAUUUAAAGAGACCACUAAAAGGCCACCAGGUGGAGACAGAUGAUAUAUAAACAACUAUUUGUCUUUCUAUCUGGUCUCAAUCUAAUGCAAAUGCUGGCCUUGGUUUGUUAGAGCUUGUCACAGACAACAUAUUGAAAUGAUGCCGGUCUGUUUGAGCAUGUAUACAGCAACUAAUGUGUUCACCAAAAAUAGCAAGAGGAGUUUGAUAAAUAGAGUCUGUGGUCUGGGUCUGGCGCAACAUAAAACCCUGUGGCUCAACAUGUAGCUAAUGUAGCCAGUGCCAUCGCAUGACCUCAGCCAUUCUCCAAUCAAGCUCAAUCAAAGUAUUUGAAAGAAAACAAAUACUAUUUGAACUUAGGUGUGGUGGCCAGUGCCCUCAGAUGCCCUUCAGCCAUUCUGCUGUGCCUCUCUGCCUAUAAUUACAAUGUUCCUGUUUAUGGGGAAAUCAAAUAAAAUCUAACUGGAUUGAAAAAUGAAUGAAAGUCCUAAUGAGCCAGUCAGCCAAGCCAUCCUACAGCUGUAAUUUAAAAGCCUGCAAUGCAUCAGGAGGAGUGGAACUAACAGUUUAUGUUGCGCUCUGCUAACUUUAAUCAUCAUCAUGGCUCCCUCCCUAAGUCCCAUGAGUGCCAUUACUUACUGUAGGAAAUCGGUGAAAGCUCUGACUGGGUGUAAACUAGGUGGAUAUUGUGGUCACCGCCAGCCGAGUAAACAUGUGAAAUGGAAAUAGAAAGUGGGCCUCUAAUUUCAUGUGCACAAAAUCAUCAUCAUACAGCUUUCUUCCAGUUUACAGGAUAUUUCAAGAGCAUUAAGAGACACUCAACUGUGCUGAAAUAGAGCUGUAGAAAUUAUACAUGUUUAUUGAUAUAGAUAUUUGCCUAUGUUUUUUCAUCGUUGUCCUGAGUGUGAUAUCUCUGUUUUUUGUCAUUAUCUUCAUAGGGAAUCCGAGGCCUUCCCGGGCAAAUGGGGCCUGCUGGACCUCAGGUAAUAAACAGAUCAAACUUGUCAUUUAUCAUUUUAGACAAUAUAAUCCAGUAUUUGGCCAUGUCGCCAUCAAUGACUUGAUUGGCUCAUCCUCUGUGUCAUCAUGACCUUGCCCUUCCUGCUAAGACAGCAAAUGACUAAUUCAAUAUUCAGUGUAAGAGUAACUGUAAAGACUUGUAAAGUGUGUUGAGAACAAUGUAAAAUGCAUUUUGAAUAAACUUGACUUCACCUUGUUUUUGAUAAGGGGGAGAGAGGCCCACCCGGACAAGAGGGGCUGGUUGGACCAAAAGGACCUCAGGUAGGUGACUGAUCGGACCUGAAAGUACAGUAUGCUUGAUGAUAAUUACAUAUUUUCUUCUCUUACACUAUGUUCACCCUAUUGACAAUGAAAUAAUUAUUUUGCUGCUCCAUAAUGCUCCUCUGCAAUAUUCAGAGUGAGAUCCUCCACAAAAUAGGAAUGUACAAAUGUAAGCAGGAACUGUACUGUGCAUUCAAGUUUGUCAUUGAUGAACCUCAACUAUUCACUUUGCUGCCCUCAAUUGGAAUGUCACGAUGUUGCAACUCUGUGGUUGAAUUGAACUGUGGUUCUUCUUGAGCAGCCAACUUGUUGCUUCUAUCCGACUUGUGGCUUACAUGACCACUUUAGAAGAACUGAAAAGCAAAUGAGGACAUGGGGACAAUUAUAUUGUCAUGUGAUUUCAAAUCAUUCUCACAUUCUCACCAUUUUAUUCACCAAUUGUUUUCUGUGUAUCUUUCCAUUUGUCUUGGUCCCUAUAUCAUGGUGUGAUAAAAGUAACUCUUUGUCUCACCUUUUUGAUCUAUAAUAAAGUCUAGUCCUCAGAAUUUCACAUGAUUCAAAUCACAUUAUGUUCAUGAGGUUCAUUUCAUUAUGCCUUACAAAUGAUUAUGCCAUUGUUUUAAAAACGGAAUUUUCACUCAUGUACAGGGUCUUCAGGGUCCGAUUGGUCCACCUGGAAUUUAUGGACGUGAAGGUUCAAAGGUAACCAGUGAACAUUUACAUUUUAGUCAUUUAGCAGACGCUCUUAUCCAGAGCGACUUACAGUUAGUGAGUGCAUACAUUUUCAACAAUUGCCCCUACUGUAUUUCCCCUACCCUUAGUGAGUGUGUCUGAGCUGCAUGUACUUUGUGUGUAUGUAUGUAUUCUAUUAUAUACAUGUGCUUUUUGUGAUGUAGUUUGUGUGUGUUCUGGGAGUGUUAAUGUGUUUGUUAACACGUGUCUCUACAUGUGUAGGGGGCCCAAGGUGUGCGUGGAUCAGAAGGACAUCCUGGGACACCUGGACUGAAAGUAAGUAUUUUUCAGCUGUUUGGGUAUAGGUGAAAUAUACUAUAUACAGUAUUCUAGUACUGGGGGCUGCAAAUUGUUUUUUUCCAUACAGGAUUCACCUCAGGCAGAAGACUUCGAAUUGGGAUAUCAUAUCUCUCAGCAUCAUUAUAACUCACAAUACAUAUCAUUGUUUUACUGCUGUAGGCCUAUGGUUCAUGUGCUUUUGGCCUUGUGCCAUUCAAUACUAACAAGUAGAAGUCCCCUGAGAAUAAAAUAUAAAUUACAGUACUGUACAUGGAAAGGAAAUAAGUUAUGUUCAGUGUGUGUGGCUUCAUUUCAGUGUGUGGUCCUCUGUAGCUCAAUUGGUAGAGCAUGGCGCUUGUAACGCCAGGGUAGUGGGUUCGAUCCCCGGGACCACCCAUACGUAAAAAUGUAUGCACACAUGACUGUAAGUCGCUUUGGAUAAAAGUGUCUGCUAAAUGGCAUAUUAUAUUAUAUUAUAUAUUUUGCUCUCUGUCACAAAUACAGAAUCAAACUACUUGAAUGUACAUGUAUGAUUGUUAUACAGUAGUGGAAUUGUUAUAUUUUGUUGAAGCUAUUAUAAAGAAUGGGUUUCCUGUUUAUUCUCCAGGGAGUGGAGGGAGAGCAGGGGAUUCAAGGGUUACCUGGUGACAGAGGACUGCCAGGGUUCAAAGGUCACAAGGUAAUGAAUUACAAAACUAUAAACACUUUCACAUAUGCUUGAUUCAGUAAGUGCUUACGUAUAAACGACAUUACAAAAGUAACUUAACUAGAGUAGAGUAUGGCUUUUUGGUUUAUUAAUUGUUGUUAUCAUAUGACUGACUAUAGAUAACAUGUCUGUCAUUGUUUUCAGGGGGAAACUGGCGAACCUGGUCCCAAAGGAAGCCAGGUAUAAUAUAAUACAGGAAAUCUGAAAUGUUUGUUAUAUUAUGAGCAACAGUAUUGAAUUGUGUUUUUCAUCGCCACCCUUACUCUCCUGUUUCUCCAGGGUGAGAGAGGCAACAAUGGAGUGCCUGGGAACAGUGGGGCAAACGUAUGUAGCGUUUAACCUUUCACCUCUCAACUCUGUUUAGGAGGCAUGCAUCACUGAUACUGUAACUAAAGGGUAUUCAUACUGCCUUUUAGGCCAUCCAUUUAUUUCAGUUUUUUUUAUCCUUAUGUUGUGUAUGAUUGCCACUGCAGGGAGAAGCUGGACUCAAAGGAAGCAAAGGAGAGGUGAGUUGAAUUAGUUUGAUCUGAUUCAUUUCAUCUUAGAGUUGAUGUUCUACUUCAUCCUUUCAUUUGACAUAGGUAGAAGUUCCAUUUACAAAUGUAACUUCUUGUUUGUACACUGAGUAAUUGAGAAGUCCACCUAUAUAUAUAUAGUACAGAAGGUAUAUUUUGAAGACGUACAAAUCGCACGAUUUGUCCUACCAUGCUAACACAUAGAAACAAAGUCUGAUGAAGAGAAUGGAAAUGUGUCUAGUGGUCAGUUCUGCAUAGUCGCCUCUACUCUCUCAUGAGAACCUCAUGGUCUAUGACAAGGAACAGACACAUUGCACAUAUUCAAUGAAAUUGAAAAGAUAUUGAACAGAAUGACACCAUCCUAUACAGACAUUGCUUUCAAAAAUAAAGUGAAUUCAACAGACCGCUGUCUGUUUUCGUAUUAUUGUAUGUUUGCAAACUAUCUAUAACACCAACUGAAUUAGCUGUGAUGUUGUACCCCACCAGAAAGGCCUAUCAGGAGAUACUGGAGCCAGAGGGCCGGCAGGGAGGAACGGGGACGUGGGUCUGAUGGGAGCUGCUGGGCCUCGCGGCUCUCCUGGACAAGAUGGGUUACCAGGGCAACCAGGAGAGCUGGGAUACCCAGGCAAACCUGUAAGUGGACCACAUCUUGAGUCGAAGCCAUUUGCCCGAAAAUGUCAAUAGAGUCAUUACCAGCUCAUUAACUACCAGCAUACUGAUGUGAAUGUAUUGUCUUUCAGGGGAAGCCACCAACUGAUGACCACUUGAUGAAGCUUUGCGCUAAUGUACUUCGGAGUAGGUUCCCUGCUAUUUUUAUUUUAUGCAUGAGCAUGACCAUUAUAAGUUGUAUGGAUUCUUGAAGAUUUUCGACUGUUACAAAUAAUAGACUUCAAAAUGCUAGCUAGGAAUUUAGGCAUUAGACAAUCAUCCAUUGUUUAGUUUUUUCACCAAGUGCACAUAUCCAUGCCAUUUCAAAAUAGUGACGAUGUUGGUAACUGUAGGUGUAUGCAUACAGUAGCAUUCUGUUGAGCUAUGUGAACAGCAACAUGCCCCUUGGAAACAUCUGGGGCCCGAAUGCAGCUUUCAUUUCUGCAAUUUUGAGAAAAAAACACAUCCUCUGCAAUGUACAUGGUUUCCCAAUCACUGUCUGGGCAUGAGUCAGAACAAGUUGCUAUUUUUGACACGUAACACACCUACAGUAGUCCUGAAACUAAAUAAAUAAAUAGGCUUACUGUACAUUGCAACUAUGUACUGUAUGUCAAUACAGAAACAAGACUAGCUAGAAUUGUGUGCUGUUUUCCCCUAUCCAGAUCAGCUGCCGCAGCUCCUGGCGAUGAUGGCACCAAAAAGUCAAUGUGGGCAGUGUGAGACAGUGAAGGGGCCACCUGGUGAGCAGGGCCCUGCCGGCCCCAAAGGACCCAGUGGAACACCAGGGUACCCUGGCACGCCCGGCUUACAGGGUUACCCAGGACAGCCAGGCCUGAUGGGGCCUCGUGGGCACAAAGGUAACACUGCGCUAGUGUUUGGGUCACAGGGAUUUACGGUCAAAGAACUCGACUUCUCCCUGCUGUUGGUGUGAAUUGGAAUUCCAUGGUUUUGGAUUAAGUAACCUUGCUGACUUUUUUGCUAUGCUCUUAUGUGCAGGUGAUAUUGGACCAAUGGGGUUAAAGGGGUCCAAAGGAGAUGGAGACACAGGGUUGACAGGUCCUCCCGGCCCAUCAGGUAAGAAUCCCCCACUUCUUGUUGGAAUGUUGAGUGCUGCUAUUCAUGUUUUCACAAACAAAUGUAUACCAGUCAUCUACAAUUGAAUACUGACCAACAUACUGUAUGACCAGUUGAUCAACAUACGUAGAAAUCUGUAGAUUGUCCCUGUGGAUGUCAGGGACAUGAGAUAAACAAUACCACUCUUAAUGUCUUAAUCUCCCAUCUCUGCAGGUCUCCAGGGGCCUAGAGGCAGUGACGGACACGGCAUCUCAGGGCCUCCAGGUGAACCAGGGAAGUCAGGAAUCCCUGGCAUCCCAGGGAAGCGUGGCCCUCCUGGGGCCAAUGGCGUAUGUGACCCCACCUCCUGCUACCAGGCUAUUCUCAGAGAGGAACGCUACAGCAAAGGACCCAACUUCUAGGUCUCACAAGGAAAGCAGGACAUUUUAAGUUUGACAUUUUGAGACUAACUAAGUCAAGGACUGCUCACUGAAAAAUCAAGGGCUGCUGGAGUGAGUGAGUUAACCCUUUGUUUCAUGUGGGGUGAUCCACUCAAACUUGAGGGAAAGAAACAGAGGAUAUAGGGCAACAAAGUGACGCAAAUUUGUAUCCAGCCAAACAGGGUUGUUUGACACUGUCUUCAGGCCAGGGGUGAUUCAGCGAACAGGCAGAAGUGAUAAGGACAAGUGAUGAUUAGGGAUAUUAUUACCCAUUCACUGGCGCAUAACAUCCAAGGGGCAAUGUUGUUUUUACUGUCAAUCAGUGUAGAGGAGGUAUAGAGACUUACCAUGAGAAUUGCACUGCCUUAGUUAAACUACCUCUUUGCUGGAUCCAAAGCAUUAAACAUGAUAUGGAGUGACAGGUAGCAAUUGUGAAAAAGUUUUCUCCCAAAUGAUUUACUGUAUGUUCAAGAACAACACUAGGAACAUACGACUCUGCAUCAAAGUCUUUCACUUUAAAACAACUAGCUCUUCACUACAAUGCUUUUUUAAGUAACUACUAUAUUUUGUAUAUGUUUAAAUUACUUUUAUAAGUAAUUUAUUUUCCUUUACAAUCAAGCUUGUUAGUCAUUCAUUUGCUUCACUUCUACGGGUAUAAACAUAUUUAUUGUCCUACUAGAUAGGUUUGUUACAGGUUCACAACUUCUGCAUUUUCCCCUCAGUGUUCAGUGAACCUCCUGCUGGAUGGAAACUAGCAUGUUUACUGUCAGUAUGCGUUGUCUGUCUGUAGUAACCAUGAAAAGUUUUACAUGAUUAACUUCCAUCUAUCUUAUUUUGAAAACUUUUGACAAGUUGACAUUUUAUUACCCCCGCC